AUAUAUAUCCAGACGCGGCCUUGCUUGGGGUUGGAGUGAGGGGCUCCCGAUUGAGGUUUCAUUCUGCGCAUGCCCAGACGCAGAGCUCCUGUACAGUAAUGCAGUCAGAGGGCUUCAUAUGCUAUCGACAAGCAGCUGGGGAGGGUGGUGGUGCUAUAUGCAGUGAUAUUGGUGAGAAUCCAUAUCACUAUGAGUCCGACCUUAUCAGCACCACAGCCAAUCACAACGACGGGAAAGCGGGUACAUCAGCCUGGAUCACGCGGCGGGGUAAACAAACGACAGCUCAAGGCUGGAGGCUGUUUAUUCCUGUUCUCACUUUUUUCACCACCUCGAGUCGCUUCGCUUUGUAUCUCUCAUCCUCGCGAAUAUUGAUCUUCCUUCACCUCAAGGUACGCUGCCCCCAUAUCUCAAUCUUAAACAAAUCUUGCAAAAAUGGGCCACAACUCCUGCCCCUCUUGCGGUGCUACCAUCGCUGGCGAAGUGAAGACCUGCGGCUCUUGCGGAAAGACCUGCCCUGUCUGAAGUCGUCCUUCUGGCUUCCCGGGGUUGUUUUCAAAUCGCCUCGAGAUCGCAGAUCACAAUCUCAGUAUCAAGUCAGCGGCGAAUGGUCGAUGGUCUGGACAUAAUAUGGACUGAUAUGUAUUGAGCUGGCAUGGCACGAUGAAUGCAUGAAUGAAAUGAAUGAACG